AUGGGUUUGACAAAGUCUCUUAGAUAUGAAGUUCUCGUGUAUUCAAAAACAAAAUCUUCCCCCGAUAAUGAGCAACAACAUCAACAAACGACCUCUCCCCUUAUGGCUGAUGAUAAUUCUUCCUCCACAAAUUCAGCCGCUACGGCAUUAUUUGAGACUAGAGUGCAAAGGUUCCCGUGCGAUAGAGAGAACAUGCAACAAUAUUGGAUACCUGAAGGUUUUCACCCAAUUCUCGUCCCCCGCACUUACCUUACAACUAAUAGUCUUGUUGCUACUUCAAACUUUUCAAGACAAUUGAUGAAUACAGAAAGGACUAACCUCCUUUCUGGUAAUGGACAUCAAUUACAUUCCAUUAAUGAUAUUAAUGAUAUUGAAUUAAGAAGAAGAAGGAAUCUCAAUUUAAACAAUCCCUCCUCAUCUUGUGCAAAUAAUGGGGGGAUCAUGAAGAAAAAACGACGCAAUCUCAACAUGAACGUCAACGCUCUUAACCUUAAUCGUCGGACAGUUUUAGGUCAUUCUACACCAACCGUAAACAUCAACACGGCCAUAAAUAGACAGAAGAUAAAAGAAAGAAUUUCAGCGAUUCGUAAUGCGGCUGUAACGAUAACUUCAAGUUCCAGUUUAAAAAAUAAUAAUAACAAUAUCUCUUCUGAUUGCAAUUACAUAACCCCUUCGAUUAAGAUUGGUGAAAUGUGGAAAAAUGAACCUGAAAAUAUUAAGAAACAUUACGAAAGAUUGGCCAUUAGAAAGAAGUUCGCACAAGCUUUGGCCUUUGAACAAAAGAUUUCUUCUUCUUCGUGCGGAAAACCUAAUUCUAAAUCAAUACCUUCCUCAAAUGUUCUGAACACACGUCAACAUCACGUGAACCAGACCACUCCCCCCGGUUCUUCCUACCGGCUUCCCGUUCACAGUAAUGCUGUAGAAGGAGUGAAUGCUGUUUACUGCUCAAGUUCUCCUUCGAGUUCAUCAAUAGAUAAUACCGAUGUGCAUAUUAAUAAUCAUCAGGAUGUUGAUAAUUCGUUAAUUGGUCAUCGAUACGAAAAAGCUAAUUCGACACCUUCCUCGCCAAUUUCAUCAUUCAAACAUGGCAAUCGACCUAUAUCGGAUUGGAUGACACAUCCUGAAAGAGAAGUUUAUGACGAAAAUAGUAGUGAAUACACUGACAAUAAUUCUACCAUCGCUUAUUAA